UAAAAAAAUAAAAUUUAAUCAGAGCUCUUCGAAAACAUGAAUUAAAAAAAUUUCAAAAGCCUGACGAUCAUUAAAAUUCGCGAGAAAGUGCAUUUUGGACGAAAACAAGUAAAAACCGAGCAGCACUGUGCUAAUAUUAGAUUAUUACUUGUAAAUUCAUAUGUUAUUUAUCGUCUGUCAAUAAAAAUCACACAACUACGAAGCUUGCCAAAACACUUUUGUGAAAUUGGAAACACGUCCAGAACAAAAGCAGUCAGUUUUCGUUCAGAUAGCAGUCGAAUCAUACGUCGAAAUUGUGUAAUCAACUUGUCGCUUGGUAAAAAAAAAUCGAAAAAAUGGAAAAGAUGAAUGGAGUCAGCAAAGGCCGAUACAUCAUGAGCACUGGAAACGUCUUGAAUGUGGCAGAAUUGCGGAAGAAAGCUGGUCAAAAGCCCGCUGAAGAGCUUGUGGAUGCGCUCGAUGUCACAAUCAAAAAUGCCGAAAAGACGUCGCUCGACAACGGAACUCUGCAGAUUUGCAUGAAGGACAAUGAUUUGCACACGAAAAUGAAGGAACUGACACGAGACGAAAUCAAAGUUGGUGCAAAAGUCUUUUUGAAUGACUUUUCGCAGGAAAAUUUGCGUGUUGCAAUCGAUACGGCACUCCGAAUUCUCGACAUCACAUUUUUGAAUAGCUUAGUGUUGGCCUACCAUCCGAAGAUGAAGAUGACAAAUGGCAGUGCGACGGUGCAAGAGCCCGAAAUUAAGGAAGGAGUCAUUCACUGGGGCGAUGGCACUGGCAAAUGUUUCGAUGAUUUGAAGGAAUUGUGGACCGUGCUCGAAGAAUAUGUCGAUCAAAAGAAAAUUUGUUUGCUCGGCGUGUCCGAUAUAAAUUGCGAGACGUUGAAACAGUUGUAUGAGUCGGCAAAACAUCCGCCAGCGAUUACACAAAUUAAUCUGUCGGCAUGCUGCGUCGUUCCGCCCGAUCUAAAGGACUUUUGUCAUGACAAAGAAAUUCAGUUGUUAACACAUUCCGAUCCACAAGAAAUCAUCACGAAGGAAGCUUUGGUUGGUCUCAAUUUGGGCGACCUAACUCCGACAUGCACUCUCCGUUACCAAGUCCACAUUAAAUGCCGUGGUGUCUUACAAGCAAAAGGUUUCAUUGUUUCAGCAGAUCAUUGAAUCAGCCCAAAAUUUUAAGAAAAAAAGAAUGAACAAAAAUAUUUACUUGACUAUGUAUAACUGUUAUUGCUGUAUUCAUUGAGAAACUACAUAGAAUGUAGAUUUUUAUUACAAUAUUGGAGCAAAAUUUGUGACCAACCACUUUUGUAGCCUAUACUACCGUUUCUACCAUUGGCUGCCUUAUAUUUUAAAAAAGUCCUUUUAAAUAUUUUACAAUAUUGACAUUAGUAUUUUGGGCAUUUAGUAGAACUAUACCGAUUAAAAAAAUUGUGCAAUCCGUAGCAAACUAUUGGGAAAAGGAAUAUACACUGGAUUGUUGGAUCAAAACUGCUGAUUCGACUUUCGUGGCUUUUUAAGGGACGUUAUAGAUUUUAAACAGACGAAGACUUAACUUUUUGUAUACAACAUGCAUUCGUUUUAUAUAUUUUUCUAUGUUAGUAAGCACAAAUAUAUACGUAAAUGUUGAAUA